UGAGCUGAGCUGAGCCACCUCCUGAGGUCGAUCUCAACAAUGGCGCCCAGGACCACCUCGUCGGGGCCCUAGAUCCGCAACCCUGCGUCCAUGGCGGACUACGCGGGCCGCCACCUCCGCCGCCGCGCCGGCUGGUGCUGCUCCUUCGCCGGCGUGCCCCAGAGCCCCGACCACCACCACCACCGCUCCCUCCCCUCCGCCGCCGCCGCCGCCCCGGCAGGAGUCGUCGUCGGCGGCGCCGGCCCGCGGAAGCAGCAGCAGCUACCGCCCAUCCCGAAGUCGCCCUCCUCGUUCCACAGCUCGCCGUCGUCCAAGCUGGCGGGCCUCAUCGACUACCCGCGCCGGAUCCUCUCCCCGGGCCGCGUCUCCCCCAUCGACCCCGACGCCGACCCGCAGCUCCCGCUCCCGCCGCCGCAGCAGCCGCAGCCGGCCCCGUUCGUGGCCGUGCGGGAGGAGGAGCGGGAGGAGGAGGGGCUGGAUCUGAGGCUGUGCCUGCGGGGCCGGGACGGGGGCUGCGUCGUCGUCAUGGAGCUCGACUCCGCCGUGCUGUGCCAGAGCAGCGCCUUCUUCGCCGCCAUGGCGCCUGCCGCCGCCGCCGCCGGCGGAGGCGGCGGGGGCGGGGGCGGGGGCAAGAGGAUCGAGGUGGACGGGGUGGACAACGUGGCGGCGUUCAGGGACGCCGUCGAGCUCAUGUUCGAGGCCGACCCGAUGCGGUGGCUCGCCAGGGCCGGCGUGUCUCGGGCCAUCGGUGUCCUCGAGGUGGCUUCCUCUAUUAUGUUUGAUAGAGGGAUCAGAUCAUGUUUGGAGUAUAUUGAAGUGGUUCCAUGGAAUGAGAAUGAGGAGGAGAAGCUAAAGAGUGUCUUUGCUAGAUGCACUUUCGAUGAAGCAUUGUCCAAAGAUGUAUUGGCGAGACUGCGACCACGAAACAAGAGCAGCUCGGAAGACCUGACAAUUCAGCUCAUCCAGUCCGUCACUAGCAGCACAAACAAUGGUGCGAGAAAAGAUAUGCAAUCUUUGAUCAAUGGUCUUCUAAGCAAAAGCUCGGUGUAUCAGAAGGAUUUGUCUGGAUUAAGCAAGGGGAGCCUUUACCAGAUUUGCUGUUCCUGCCUGAACUUACUGGUUGAACUAUUUAAGGAAGACUCGGAGCCAAAAUACCACCCACAUGGUGUGCUGAAAGUUACGAACAGUAAGACUAAGAUUGAAAGAGUGAGCAAGCAGAGUGAGAACCUCAACUGGCUAUUCGAGAUUCUUGUAAACAAUGACAUGGCAGAGAAUUUCGUUGAGCUGUGGGCUAAUCAAGACGAACUUGUCAGGAUGCACGAUCAAGCAUCACCGAUGUUCAGGUACGAGCUAAGCCGGAUAUCAGCAAACAUCUUCAUCGCCCUCGGGGGAGGCAAAGUGCAGUGCCCAAGUGAUCUGAGAAGCCAGCUGUUCCGGGGAUGGUUCACGCCGAUGCUAACGGACUUUGGCUGGCUCCAGAGGUGCUCCAAAGGGCUGGAUACGAGAGUGCUGGAGGAGAGCCUGGGGCAAGCCCUCCUCACCCUCCCACUCCAGGAACAGCAGAGCUUGUUUGAAGAAUGGUUCCAGUGCUUCGCGUCGAGCGGCACGGAAUGCCCAAACCUUAGUAAAGCAUUCCAGGUAUGGUGGAGAAGGUCAUUUGUUAGAUCGUGGGUAGAGCCCUGCGGCAGCAGUUGAUGAGAUAGUACUUGGUUCCCACGAGUUGUAUAAGUAUGUGUAGCGUGUGUGUAUGGUUGUAAGAUAAGAAAUUCUUGUUAGCCCGUAGAGUUGGUAUUUUUCUUCAUAAUCUUGGUUCAGUUCUUCCCACUGUAUGCACUAGCAGUCAGUAAUAGAAAUAUAGAAUUGCUGCUGCGAACAACAA